AUGUCUGAGGGUUACCAUAGUCCCACAGAUGCCAUCAGAAGUAGGGUGAUUACCAAGGCUGAGCUGGCCAAACACACCACUAAGCACGAUGCAUGGAUAUCCGUUCAUGGUCUAGUGCUCGAUGUGUCCAAGUUUAAAGAGGACCAUCCUGGUGGAGAAAGUAUUCUUAUGCGAAAUGCUGGUACUGACUGCACUGAAGAGUACGAUGAUGUUGAUCAUUCCGAUGAGGCCCGCAUGAGGUUGAUUCGUGAAGUUGCCAUAGGUGUUUUGGAAGGGAAAGAGGACACUCCAGGAAUACCACUGGAAAUCAAACUUGGUGAUUAUGCUGACAACAGCUGGAGCACGACUAAGAUGAUCCUCGUUACAGCUCUGGUCGCGGGCGUGGCCGUUGGAGUGAUGAACUUGUUGAAGAAGUCAAAGUUCAGAGCCGAUUGA